AUGGGAACAAUUGUCAGGCGUGACACUAAACAUUCAGUAUCACAUUGCAUGAAUAAUUUGUAUGGCAGUGUUUGGAGGCUUUUCCAGACUGAAGCAUGUAAAGAGAUGUUGCUAUGUCCCCACAAUGGGGCUGAAUCUCAUUGCGAAAACCUCAAACUGAAAAUUGACAAUGAUGAGCCGACAGGGUGUGGGGGCAUCUUUGUAAAAGAAUCAGCUAGGUUCAUAAUUACUGAUGAUUUACGUGUGAUGUCCCCAUUAUCCGUGGCAAGCAAUCCUGUAUUUACAAGGCUUGGAGCCAUGAAAGAGAACAGCACCACUGAACAAAAGACGUUGAAUAUAGGAGCUUAUGAGGUUUUGAACUUGUUUCUGCGCUCAUUAGUAUCAAAGAAACCUCUGUCUGAAACUCUACUGAAGCUUGAUCCUGUACCAAUUCCAAAUCCGAAUUUGAGCCUUGAUCAACUAAUAUUGACAAGUAUUGAAUCUCUACUGCUUGGAGACAUAAUGAAUGAGGAGGAAGAAGAAAAUAUUGUUGUUAAGCUGACAGUUAGCGUCUCAAAGGAUAUUGUUUGUUAUAACGAAGCAGGGGAGGAUUUUGUUAAUUUGCUCAUCAGUUUUUUGACUGUUCCACUUGGUUUCAUAUUAAAGCAUUUGAGGGAUGCCUCUUUCAAAGGAUGCAUUGAUCAGUUGUACAAUAGUAUCAAAAAUCUUGAUGAGCAGCACUUGAAGGAAAUUCUGCUGAGUCCUAAGAAUUGUAUUGUUUCUGCUGUAUAA